CCGGUGCGGCCACUAUUGUUGAUGAGGCGGCCGGAGCGGUCGCAUCGGCCGGAGCGGCGUUCCGCUCGUGUGUGAGGAGAGCUAUAUUGCUGAGGGGGGCCUGGCUGACCGACCGACCGACCGACUGACUGACUGACUGGCGGCUCCUCUUCCCCCUCCCCUCCCCCUUCCCAACGGCCGUUCUCCUCAGCGCCGUUUACCUCAGAGCCGGCCGAAGGAUGGCGUCUCACCCGCCGCGCGUGAGGCGAAGCGGCUCGCCGACCCCGGCCACCUCCCUGGCGGCGGCGGCGGCGGCGGGGGGAGCCUCGGCUGUGUCGGCGGGAGCAGGCGGGGCCGCCAGCGCCAACAGCAGCCGCCUGCAGCCCAUGCGGGCGACGGUGCCUUUCCAGCUCAAGCAGCACGGCAGCCCCACGAGGGGCGGCGGCGGCGGCAUUUCACGCGCGGCGGCGGCGGCGACGACGACAUCCCCUCAGCCGCCGCCGCCGCCUUCUUCUUCUUCGCCGCCGCCGCCUCCUUCCUCGCGCACCGCCAGCCCGACGCGCCCGGCGCCCGGUAACGGCAGCGGCGCGCGCAGCGGCGGCGGCAGCCCUGCCGUAGCCACGCAGACCCCUGCCGCCGCCGCCGCCGCCCUCCCUCCUCCGCCGCCGCCGCCGCCUUCCACGCGCGGCAGCCCCACGCGCGGGGCCGGGCCUCGCGGGAGCCCCCCUCGGCUGCACCAGCUGCCGCCGCCGCCGCCCCCCGCGCCGCCAUUGCCGGGCUCCAGCCCUUCGCCUUGCUCCUCCCCGGUUUCGCCGCCUGUGCCCGAGAGCAGCGCCUGCUCCGCCGCCGCCGCCGUCGCCGUGGUUUCUUCCUCGUCCUCCGGGGGAAGGAUCCGGCACCGGCAGAGGAGGCGGUCGCCCGAGCAAAGCAGGGCCUCUCCGGAGAGGAAGAGCCCGAGUUCGCCUGUUUGCAAAGUUGAUAAACCACGGCCACCUUCAUCAAGCCCUUCCAGUAUUGCUCGACGUACCCCUUCACUAGACCUCCUUGCUGCUCCAUAUCUUGCUGGACAAUGGCCUCGUGAGAAUCACGGUCAAGCUGCACCGUGCAUGAGGGACAAAGCCACACAGACUGAAAGUGCUUGGGCUGAAGAAUACUUGGAAAAGAAGAAAGGCUCUCAUAAGCGAUCGGCAUCUUGGGGCAGCACAGAUCAACUGAAAGAGAUAGCCAAGCUACGCCAGCAGCUGCAAAGAAGUAAACACAGCAGCAGGCAUCAUCGGGACAAAGAAAGACAAUCUCCAUUCCAUGGAAAUCAUGCAGCCAUUAACCAAUGCCAGCCACCUGUCCCAAAGAGUGUGCUAGUUCCUGUGAUACCAAUUGCCAAGUCGACAGGCUCGCGCUUCCGUAACAGCAUAGAGGGGCUGAACCAGGAGAUCGAAAUAAUUAUAAAGGAGACAGGAGAGAAAGAGGAACAACUUAUUCCGCAAGAUAUUCCAGAUGGGCACCGAGCCCCUCCACCUUUGGUGCAGCGCAGUAGCAGUACCCGCAGCAUUGACACGCAGACUCCGGGCGGGGCAGAGAAGGGCAGCAACAACAGCAGCAGAUCUCAGUCUGUGUCCCCAAGCUCCUUCCUGGUCAUUUCCAAUGAGGGCAGUGAGGAGAGCCCAUGCUCUGCUGAUGACCUACUUGCAGACCCCAGAGAUAAAGAGAAUGGAAACAAUUCUCCUCUGCCCAAAUACGCCACCUCGCCCAAACCCAACAACAGCUAUAUGUUCAAGCGUGAACCUCCAGAGGGCUGUGAGAAGGUGAAAGUCUUUGAGGAAAGCUUGCCAAAGCCCUUGCAUGAAAUUCCGGCCUUUUACUGUCCUGACAAAAAUAAAGUAAACUUCAUUCCUAAAAGUGGCUCUGCUUUCUGCCUGGUCAGUAUCCUGAAGCCACUUCUUCCCACACAAGAUCUUACACUCAAGGGUGCUACUCAUAAUCUGACCGUCGCGCCUGGUAUGACCCCUGCAUUGCUGCAGCCUAUUGCCAUGGCCUCCAUCUCUGCAAGUGCGGUCCAGGAGCGGCUCCCUGGCGGAACAAACAAAAUUAUACCGCAGAUGUCGGUGUUGCAACAGUCGAGACACGGUGAAGAAACUGAAGGAUAAACUUGGUUUUGUUAACUUUUAAGAGAACUUUAUUGAAGCUAGUUGUGAUUAUGCCUUCCAAAUCACAUCUGUUUGCAUCAUGAUUGCUGGCAAUUCCAUAAACAGGUCAUACUAGUAUCUUGAUCUCCAUGACUGUUAGGCUGGCGUGAGAUCUAGGAAAAGGAGUGGCAGAGAAACUGCUAUACUUGUCUUGGGAAGGCUCAAAUUAAAUCUCUGGCCUGCACUUUUUUUUAAAAGCUUUGGUACAAUAAAGGGAGACAGGUCAUAAUGCUUUACAAUUUGGGAAGACCAAUUUUUCUGAUGCAUUACCAAUCUUCAAUUUUGAAGAAGGAAACAUUCAAGACAUACCAGCUGUUCCUUGCAAAAGAUCUGCAAGGGAGAAACAAGCAAAUGGCACUGUAAGAAGUAUUAGUUCAUACGAAUCUUGAGCUUUUCGAUGCGUAGCAGGAUGAUCCCACUUUUCUUGCUACAUCGUUUCCACUCUUGGGACCAAAGGACUGAAUCUUCUCAGCAUUCUACGAUGUGACCAGCAUUCUGUGAUGUGACCACGUCCUCCUCCCACAUAAGCUUAAUCUCCUUCAGACCAAGAAGAGAAGCAAUAUUGGUACAUUACGCGCAUUGGGGGCGGGAGGUCAAGCACUCACAUAGAGGUACCUGUCUGGAAAUAGUGUUUUAGAGCACUUCUGCCAAUAGUGUAAUGACUUGUUCCUAGUGUUGUGUUUCAGAACAAUAUUCCCUUCUCCCUCCCCCCCCCCCAAAAAAAAUGCCAACUAACCGUCACAUCAGUGCCUCCUGGGACAUCUUGGUUUGUUGUGUCGCUUUCAGAAUCUAGAAUUGCCUUUUGGCCUAUACCCCAAUCCUAUCAUGUCUUGCCACUACUAUAUAAACUGUGUAGUCAUAUGAUCUUGAAAUGGCCAUGCAUGGUUCUUCCUGCUUGUCAAAGUACUGUCUUGUGGGUCUCUUGAGGGUAAAGUUUGUCAGGCAUGAUGUUUGUUAAAGCAAUUUAUUUCAGUGGAUAUAGUCUCCUUUUUUGACUAGCAAUAUUGUUAGGGUGUUAACCUAAGGAUCGUUUGAUUCUUUAAUAUUGGUCUGCAGUUGUGGCCCAUUUAAUUUCUUUUGUGAUCUUUCUAAAAAAUAAUUGUCAUGGUGUAACAAUCAAAAAUGGGAUGGAGUUUCCAUUACUAAAUCUGUUUAUGAAGGGCAAUGAACUAAUCUGGUAACGAAAGGAGAUUUUACCGAGACUCGUUAAACAACUAGAGCUAGAGCGGCUGCUUAAAGGCCACACUUUUCAGAUUCCAAAACGCCUCCAAAAUGGCAAAUUAUCCUGGAAGGUAGACUGUACUAUUAGUACAGAAUGAUUCAAAAUUAAUUGGUGCCAAGCUAUGCAGUUAUAGGAAAGUUACUAUAUUUAAGGGAGGCGUUCCUGGUAUCUUUAGACUAACGAAAAUAUUGUAGCAUUAAGUGUGACCAUUCAGUUAGUGUGAUUGAAAGGCAUAGCAAUACUGUCACUGCAGUUCAUCUUACUAUGUCUAUUCAUCCCCAGUAACCACUUGUUUGGAGUGGGUCACACCAACAUCUUGCAUUCAUUUUUGCUUGCUUAGUAAUACCAGAUAUACCAGCUCCUACAUCGCUUGGCCUUUUGGUUUCACUCCAUGGCUUUUUUUGUUUCAAAAACAAAACCACCUCUCCAUACUCAGGGCAUACAUACCUACCCAGUUUGGUGUAUCCAUACCUACCCAGCAAAGUAGGUUCUGGGCUACAAUAUACUUGUUAGUCUUUAAGGUGCUACAAGACUUUGUUGUUUUUGCUGCAACAGACUAACAAAGCUAUGCUUCUGGAACUAUUUUUUAAAGUGUUACUUCAUCAUUUUUGUACCUUGGUCCCGUAUUGUACUUGCAUAUCUUUGUUUCUGCUGUGUUCUGCUUACAUAUUUUGUAUUAGCACAGCAAGACGGUCUGAUGACCCCCUCUCCCCCCCAUCCAAUUCCUUGAUCCUAACUUGCCUGACAUAUCAAGUCUUCGAACUACUUAUUUUGCAGCAAAGACAUUACCAUUAAGGCAGCUGAGUUCGAGUGUUAAAAUCAGGUUUUUCACUCCUUUUUGAAACAGGUAAGGAUGAAAUGGGAAAACAACGUAGUAUUUUAAAACUAGGUCAAUUGUCAAGCAAUGUGUUUCAUCAACGUAACUUCUGUGAACGCACAGCCUUAUUUUAAAUUGAAUGUUGUGGCUUUGUGAAACAUGGGAAGGUAGGCUCCCUCUGCGUUAGAGGAAUCUUUGCAUUUAGUUUAAACCCAGUUUCAGUUCUUAAGUUAAACAGCAGCUUAUAAGAGACUACAUGAAGCUCUUCACUCAAUUUUCCCACUGAGUACCUAAGGGCCAAAUUACAACUUGGAAUGGUAUAUAAAACAUAAGCCUUCGAAACUCAUCAAAACUGAAGUUUCCCAUGUCUUCAGAACAAAAAGUGAGAAACACACUUCAGGCUGGCCUGCAGGUGAAUAUGAGAAAGCUGACAUUUCAGCUUCCAUUAAGAAAACAGUGUUUAGCCCUUGUAAUAAUUUGAAAUUAUUGAAAAUUCUGAGUAAAUGCAAACCAUAAGCAGCUCUUUUUUUUUGGCUAGUAAAUGUCCACUUAAAUGCAAUGAGAUGUUCAACUGAUCUGUACCAACAUAUAUUAGUCCAGGCCAAGUAAUGAUUUAAAUAAAUAAAAAUUGCUUACUAUUCUUUAACAUUCCACUUACAAGUUCUCUCCAAGCCUUGAUUUUGCACUCCACUGCCUACCUCUGGGUUGCUUUUACCCCUCUGUGACAUUAGAGCAAUUCAGCCCAUGACUUUUAAGAGAGGCAGAAUAGCCAGAGAGGAUAGUGUUCAUGGAAGAAAUCAAAAGCAAAGAAGUUAGGACAAGGAAAAGGUCUAACAGAAUAAUGAAAAUCCAGCUUUAGCUAGUUAGAAAUAAUGAGAUCAAAUUCAUUAUCGCCAGUUGUCAGGAUUGCCGAGUGUCUAUUAAACUGUAAUAGCUAUGCCAUUUUUUCCCACAUACGUGGUGGGUGGGUGUAAUAAUAUACAUACACAGUACAUACAUUACAUGUACAUUCAUGCCACUUGUUAGCAUUCUGUUUGCUUCAUGUUCUUACACAAGAAAAGGACCCCAGGAAACUUGGAAAACGAGGAACGAUCAGCAGUGCAUCAAAGAUUCACUGCCUCUUUCUCAUUCUCACCUGCAGCGUGGGGGUUGGCUUGGAGGGGAUUCACCCUCCAUUUCCCACUCCCCCAAACCAGCUUGUAUGUAUGUGUAGGGAAACAAAUCUCCCCUUUCCUUCAAAGCUGCUUAGAGGAGACGGGCGGGGAACGAUGCACUCCAAAGUUUUGUUGCCUUCCUCUCUCUUCCAAAUGAAGCUACGGGAAUAGGGAGACGGUUGUUUUCAUCAUUUCCCUUGCCUCCCAACCAGGAGUUGACUUGGGGAAGAUCAACAGAGGCUACUUCCUUCCCCGUUAGAAUUCCAGCUCCUGGUUGGAGUUGAGAGAAGUCCAGAAAUGUAGAAGCAAAACAGAAAUGUCUGCAACCCUGGUGAGAGCGAGAGAGUUACUGCCACCAGCUCCCCACAACACUCCUAAAACUGUCAGGGGGAGGAGAAUUUGAGGUCUCGCUACUCAUAUUGUGUCGUCUUGCUGUGUCCUGUUUCCAUGGAUUUUCUUUCUGUUGUGGGGAGAAUCUGCAACAAGAGGCGGUUGGGGGGCGGUAGGAUGGGAAAUAUGGGGGAAAGCUAACCUAAUGUGACAUUUCCUUGUACCUAUGAAAAUAGGCCUUCUGGUUUUGUUUAUUUUACUUAAUUCAAUCUGAGGUGUUGCUGCUGCUUGUUUCAGUAAGUUCUCCAUCUGAAAAAAAGGAACACCAGUAAAAUUGUCUUUAAAUGGCUAUGUUUGUAUUCAGGUGUAAACUGUUAGUGACAUGAAACGGAUCCUUUGGGGGGAAGAAAUGUAUGUGUGGUUUUAGCUAGUUGUUGGUGUGGCUAAAUAACACUGUAUUGGGCAAGUUUCAAGGUAUUGUUGACCAUAAUAUGCAUUUAUCACUAAAAACAAAGUUGUUGACCAUAAUAUGCAUUUAUCACUAAAAACAAAGUGCAGAGAAUUAAGAUUGGAGCAUCUAAAGGCCUCAUCAGUCAUGAAAAGUCAUAUUUCCUUAAACUGAUAUACAAGUAUAUCUCCAGUACUAGGUAAUGCAAAGGCAGAUGACUUGUGUUGGUAACGAAGCAUGAAUGUUUUCUUUGAUUUCAUCUUGUUUGGCUAUCAGUGUCCUAUUUAGAUCUGCAAAUGGAAAUGAAAUGUUCCCCAACAUGUAUCUUUCCUACCAUUCUAAUUCUGUCUGGAUAUUGUGUAACGUGACUUCAUCACAGCGGUUCACUGCCAGAGGCAUGUGAUAUAUUUCUCUUCCGGGUUCCCCCCUUGCUAGAGACUGGCUGUCCUGUUUUAUGCCAGUACUAGGGAUAAAGACGUUAUGGAGAAAUCCACGCCUAAUUUGGUAGACUGUAUGGCUAUAUGCUAUAUUUGCAAAGCCAACGAUGUUUGUUUAUGUAAGACUUUAUAAGAAUCUUUCCCCUCUCAGUGCACACCAGUGUGUUUGGGCAUUUCCUGUUUUUCUAUUUUUUAUUUUAAUUAUGUAAGAUCUACGUCUGCAAAAAAUUCUAUUGGAUUUUUUUACAAAAAACGUUUUACUCACCUUUAUGGGACUCGCACACUUUCAAUAAAUAUUUCAAGUGAA